CUCUCCCUCUGUCCCUAUCUCCCUCUCUGCAAUCUUCAGGGAAUAUGGCAACGUACGGGGAAAGCACCGGAGGUUCGGCGAUGGGAUGCCACAGGGGUUAGGAGGUGUCUGGGAGUGAGACAGACACUGGCAGCAUGGGGCUCGCCUGCUUCAAGUCCUGGAAAUAUGACAGUGCUGCACGGAAAGGAGGGAACCGAGACGUGCCAGUCAGCCCUGGCUCCUACUUCUUCCUGUCCAACAGCUGCGGUCAAGGCGAGGAGUGGCUGAAGACCCUCAACAAGGGCGUGUGGAUUCCGUUCACAGGGGUGUUUGGCCAGCGGCUGGAGGAGACUGUGGUGUACGAGCGGCGGUACGGGGAGCACAUGGCGCCCCUGGUGGUGGAGCAGUGCGUGGCGUUCAUCCGCGAGCGAGGGCUCCUGGAGGUGGGCCUGUUCCGCCAGCCCGGCCAGGCCACACUCGUCAAGGAGCUGCAGGAGGCCUUUGACGCCGGAGAGAAGCCAUCCUUCGACAGCAGUACAGACGUGCACACAGUGGCAUCUCUGUUGAAGCUGUACCUGAGGGAGCUGCCGGAACCUGUGGUGCCCUUCUCCCGAUACCAGCACUUCCUGCUGUGCGGCAAACACACUCUAACAGACAGGAAGCAGGGGCUGGUGGAGCUGAAGAAACUCUUACACGAACUUCCUGUGGCUAACUUCAACCUGCUGCACUACAUCUGCCAGUUUUUAAACGAGGUUCAGUCCUACUCCAGCAGCAACAGAAUGAGCAUCCAGAACCUGGCCACUGUGUUCGGACCCAACAUUCUGCGGCCCAAAGCUGAGGACCCAGAGAGCAUCAUAGGAGGAGCAGCUGUGGUGCAGCAGCUGAUGUCGGAGCUGAUCCGAGAGUGUGACAGCCUGUUCGGCAGAGACACGGACGCCGUGACGUGGCCGGAUCCCGCCCUUCCCUCGGCCCAGCACGGAGAUGCGGAGGAGGAGGGGGCCCACACAGGGGCCCUCCACCCGGCAGAGCAGCACACCCCCGCGGCCUGCACACGCCAGCUCUCCCUGUCUCUCGCAGUUGACAGAAAAGGAGAGCUCCAGAGUUCCCAGAGUGAGACUGCACCACGCCGCCGGUCUGAGGCGGAGCACCGCCACCCCGAGACACCCUCCCUGAGCAGCUUUAGCAACACCCUGCACGACGGCCACCAGCAGUCCCGCCCAGAGCGGCACUCAGCUGAAACCGGAGGCGCCCUCCCUCCCCCUCCCCCGACACUGGGGCAGGAUGGCCCCGUGCCAGACAGCGCGCUCCCAGGCGGCUGGGCCCGCAGAGAGAGGCGGAGCUGGGCAGCAGAGAGACGCAGGGGCAGCGACGCAAACGACAGCACCCUGUCCGUGUACGACAACAUCGACAGCCGCGGCCGUGCCCCCAGCCCCGUCAGCCCCGGCAGCCCAGCCGCCGUCGCCCCAGAUGACGGGAUGACCAGCGCAGAUGAAAGCUCCUGGUCAUCCUGCGAGGUCUUGCUGCAGGAGGGUGGUGCCAGAAACGAUACCGGAGCCGGGACGGGACCCGGAACCGGCGCAGGCCGGGCAUCCUCCCUCAGGACGGACCCUGAGGAGCUCCGGGUCAACUCGCCCGCCUCCUCCACCGCCCUGACCGACGCCCCCCUGAGCAGCGGCAGCAGUGAGGUGUUCCUGCCCUCUGCCCCCCCGGACCCCUCACUCCCUGCCUCCUCCAACACCAUGCAGUGCCUCCUGGCGGGCCUCCGGCAGCAGAUGGCCCGGCAGAAGGCCGAGUACGAGGCCCAGAUCAGAAGCCUGGAGCGGCAGAACGAGGCCCUGCAGGGGGAGGUGGCGGGGCUGCAGGCCAACCUGGAGCAGCAGCGGCGCUGGUACAAUGUUGUGGAGAUGAAGAUGCGCAACGCCGAGCGGGCCCGCGCCGACGCUGACCGCCGCAACACCGCCCUUCAGCAGGAGAUGGAGCAGUUCUUCGACACCUUCGGCGAGCUCAGCAGCGAGGCCAGGAAGGCCGAGCGCAUCGUGCAGAGCUUCUGAGCUUCCUGUGAGGGCAGACGUGAGGAGAGGGGAGAAGCAGCGGCCUGUGGAGGGACCAACCCGAUCACUGGGGCCCGCCACAAGGUCGAAGAAACCGCCACAGUGUGAAGCUAUUAGCGGCUAUAAUGAAGUUAUUAUGGACCAUGUAUGCGUGCAGUGUGGAAGUAUUAAUAUCAGAUUAAUAACAGAAUAUCAGAAUUGAUGCCCCCCCCCCCAUUCCUAGACUCUCUGCAUAAAACUCUGCAAGCGGGAGAUCAGAGCCAGUAACCAAGACUGCUAUUCCACGGCCGACACUCCGGUUUGAGCAUUUUCCUCAUGUGAUCUCAGGAUUUUUUACUUUUAGUGAAGGAUUUUUUUUUUUUUUUGGAUCACUGCACUGGUUCAGGUCUCUGCCUCAUUGGUGCUUGGGUCCACUCUAUGCAGGAACUCUUCAGAGUGAGAGCUAUGCAACCCUGUACUGAAACACGCCCGCUACCCUGAGCGCCUCGAACAUUGCGGCCUUUGAGGACACGUCCCAGAAUUCCAUGGGGGUCCCAUUCUGUGCUACUGUCACCAAACCGAUGGCCUUUUCAAAAUUUUGAGAUUUUGUGAUAAUCAUUUAGUGUAUAUGCAUAGACAAAAAACAUCUUUGCCUGACCGUACAACACACACAUGCACACACUCUCACAUACACAGAUCAAAGUACAAUCCUCCAGUCUUGAAUCAGUCUGUGAAAUUAAUGUCUGUUUGUAUGAAAGCAGACCAUUUCUUGUUAAAGAGUGCACUUGACCAGGUCAUGUAGCUGGAAUUGAACCACAUGAUCACGGGGUCAAGACAGCAGCAGGAGCAGAACCAAGGUUACUGCUGUGUAGAUUCACUAAUUUUUAAAUAAUCUGGACGGUUUAUUGUGUUCACAGAGCCCACUGUGUCAGCUGAUCUGCACAAUAAAUCAGUGCACCUGUGAGGCACAUCCCGAGGCCUUCUGCACCUGGUAAUGCCCUUUAUUUCUGCCGCAGGAGAAUCAGAAUCCAGUAGGCACAACCAACUGACAUUAUCUCACACCCACACUCAUCUUCAUGUAUACCCUCACUCACUCACACGCACACACACAAA